GAGGAUCGAAAUUAAUAAUUCUAAUGUAAUCAUCAUUGAAGCUAUAAGGAAGAUGCGCUGGUCCAUCGUGCUAUCGGCAUUAUUGACGUUCCUGCCUUCAUCCAUCUGGGCAAAAUCCCACGAGCGUAAAUGGAUAAAAGAGGCUUCAGCCAAUUGUGAGCUUUUACGCAGCAACUCUCAAGGAAUUCAGUAUAUUCCGUCCAUCUGGGCCACUACGUCUCGAGGAAAAGAGAAACAAACAGAACAGAGAAGAAAAAUCAAAAGCCGAAUAUGAACAAGACGAACAGAAGGACCCUGGGAGAGAAGUUUCCAAGGGCAAUAUUCGAAUGGAAAAUCAACAACUGCAAGGACACUUUCGAUUCGAGCAAUAAUUCUCAUUGGAUACGCAUUUUGACCAGGCCAAAGCUAUAUCUAAAAAGUACAUCAGCGAGAAGGGCGCUGCCAUUCCGCGAGAUCGGCCUGUAGAGUGGAAUCUUACAUUUAAUCAAUCUUGGUUUUUAAUUUACAACUAUUGCGUGCAACAGGACUCAUCAGAAGGCCAAUGCAUGCGACAACGCGCCUAGGUCUCUACAGUCAACGCAAACCUACAAAGGAUAAUUACACAAUAGUCAUACCGCAGAAAAUAACAUCUACUGGUGAUUUUAUCAGCCACAAUGUGACCCAUCAUCACUUCGACGAUGCCAGAAAGUUACAUUAUCGAUUAGAGAUGCGUGAAAUUGUGUAUCACCUAGAGUUGAUAGCGCACAAUGAUUUUAUGUCCCCCGGAAUGGUGAUUGAGAGACGAAAACGUAGUAUUCAUGUACGUCAUCUAGCGCGCCAACACACAAGCAAAUGUCAUUAUCGUGGAUUCAUUCGGGGUCACGUCAAUUCUCUCGUUGCAGUGUCAGCGUGUAAUGGCCUGGCUGGUGUACUGCGUGGUGAUCACGGUGAAUUCUGGGUGGAGCCAGCCGACUAUGCAUAUCAAAAUGAUACUAGUGGUAAAGGUAGACAAGUUGGUGAAUAUUUAUACGAGAAGAAUGUGAGUCUGGGAUCUGGCAGACCUCACCUUGUUUUCCGGCGUUCGACAGCCGUGGAGAUCGGCGCCCGGCGGCGACGUCGCAGGAAAAAGAAGAAGAAGCACGAGAAAAACUGUGGAACACGCGAGCCUCGCAGGCUAGCAGAAACGAGACUCGAGUGGCAAAAUCAACCGGGCUUGGUACAAGUUCAGGGGCGUGGCCACAGAAAACACAAAUGGCACCGGUCUAAGAGAUCCAUCAGUAGACCAAGACAUGUCGAAGCCCUAGUGGUCGCUGACACAUCAAUGAUGGCUUUUCAUCAGGAUGGUGAUGUUGAGACAUACUUGCUUACAAUUAUGAAUAUGGUUUCAUCACUCUACCAUGAUCCGACAAUAGGAAACUUCAUCAAUGUCGUUGUUGUGAGAAUUAUUCUCAUGGAAGAGGAUGAAGUUGAGGUAGUUCAUACCUUCCAUGUUUUUUAUUUUGUUUAUCUAUUUGAUCGAGGCCUUUUUUUUCUUCUUCCCCAGCAAGGAUUGAAUAUUACAGUCAAUGCCGAUAAGACUUUAUACAAUUUUUGCAAAUGGCAAUUAAAACUCAAUCCUGGUGACGACUCCCAUCCCAAUCAUCAUGACGUCGCUAUUCUGGUGACUAGGGAGGACAUAUGCUCCCGGGCCAAUACUCCAUGCAGCACGCUGGGAGUCGCACACGUAGCUGGUAUGUGCCAACCAGAUCGCAGCUGCAGCGUCAACGAGGACAAUGGCAUAACCCUAGCUCACACGAUAACCCACGAAUUGGGUCACAACUUUGGUAUGUAUCACGAUACCGAAAAGAUCGGAUGUAGUAAGAGGGACGGCGACACCCUCCAUGUCAUGACGCCCACCUUCGAAGUGGAUACAGUCGGUGUUGCAUGGUCACGAUGUUCCCGCCGUGACAUCACUAAUUUUCUUGACCAAGGUAAAGGAGAGUGUCUAGAAGAUGAGCCUGCGGAUAAUGACUACGCUUAUCCAGAUCUGCCACCUGGAGCAAUGUAUAAUGCUGAACAUCAAUGUCGUCUUCAGUUUGGAGUUCGUGAAGCAUCCGUUUGCACGCCCCUCCAAGAAAUUUGUUCGAAACUUUGGUGCAUUGUUGACGGAUCCUGCACAACAAUGCUUCAUCCUGCUGCACCUGGGACCCAUUGUGGCAAACACAUGUGGUGUCAAAAUCAAAAAUGCGUGCCUAUUGUUGAUCGUCCGAGUCAGAUAGACGGUGGAUGGGGCGAGUGGGGAAAUUGGAGCACAUGCUCGAGGACUUGCGGCGCAGGGGUAUCGAUAAUGGAACGUAAAUGUGAUCAUCCCACACCAGAUAACGGGGGCAAAUUUUGUAUUGGUGAAAGACGGCGAUAUAAGAUCUGCAAUAUUCAAUCCUGUCCCGAUGGUUCUGCCAGUUUUAGAAGCCUACAGUGCAGUAAUUAUGACGGAGUGGCAUUCAAAGGAAAGAAUUAUACUUGGGUACCAUAUUUUGACCAAAAUGAACCCUGUGAGCUGUACUGCACGGACACAAACGAGAGUGUAAUAGUCCCAUGGGGGGAGUCAGCGCUAGAUGGUACACCGUGCAACGUUGGUACACGUGACAUGUGCAUCGCUGGAAUAUGCAGAAAAGUAGGCUGCGACUGGACUGUUGACUCAGACGCUACUGAGGACCGCUGUGGUAUCUGCCAUGGUGAUGGUACUCAGUGCGAAACAACGACGGGUAUUUAUGACAAAAAUGAGGGUCCUGGAUAUCGCGAGGUUGUCAUCAUACCAACUGGCUCGAGGAACAUUAGAAUUGAGGAGUUGGGCAAUAGCAAGCACUACAUUGGUAUUGGAUCUCGAAAUACCUCGAAAUAUUAUCUCAAUGGAAAACGGUGCGUGCCAUAUCCAGGACGGCACUAUGGGGUUAGUGUAAGGAAACGCCCAUGGGAAACUAAUGUUUCGGUUUCAUUGGACAGGCAGAUCACCUUAGCUGGAGAGUACGAUGUUGCUGGUACGCCUGCACUCUACGAGCGUGAUCGCGACAAAGAAAAGGUCAGAAUACCGGGGCCUAUCAAAGAGGACAUCAUUGUUUAUCUAAUUUAUCGAGGCCAUUUUCGUAACUUUGGCCUUCGUUAUGAAUAUACAGUGCCAAAAGAGGAGCCCGAUCAUGCACCAGAAUACACCUGGAUCCUAUCUGACUGGUCUCUGUGCUCUGCAACUUGUGGUGGAGGAACACAGACAUCACAUGCUCUCUGCCAUGAGAGAAAAAGCGGAGUAGUUGAAGAUAUAUUUUGCGAUGAGAGAAGAAAACCAGAAUUUGUACUACGGGAGUGCAAUAAAAACCCGUGUCCUGCCAGGUGGUGGGUUGGACCGUGGCAAAUGUGCCCAGUUAAAUGUGGGACAGAAGGUUUAAGAAAACGAUCAGUUAUGUGCGUAUCAUCAGGUAAGGGUCAGGAUCGAUCCGACUUAGCUCUGCCGGAUCGCGAAUGUGACAAGCAUGCUAAACCAGCAGAAAUUGAACCCUGUCCGGAUUUACCACCCUGUAGCCCAUUCGCUGAGCAUCCGCAUAUUAUUUAUGCCGAAGAUAAAAAUGCCGCGUUUUAUAAUAUUUCCAACGAUCAGAACAGCUUCAUCGCAGGCUAUAAUAAUUCAACUGAUGAGCCAGAAAUUUUGGAGUUUGAUAAUAUUGUUGAUGACAAUUCAGCUAAUUCCAUAUAUACGACAAAAGCUAAGUGGUUAGUGUCCAAGUGGAGUUCCUGUGUGCAUGGUAAGAGAACUAGAAAAGUCACUUGUUCAAUGCCUGGAGAGUGCCACUUCAAAAAUAAACCAACAGUUAAUGACGAGUGUCGAGGAGAAAAAUGGAUUACAGGCAAAUGGGGUCCGUGUAACGCCACCUGUUCCGUGAAAUCUGGUAUGAAGCAGCGAGAGGUAAUUUGCCGUGACAGAACGACAAAUAUGAUAUCCGAAAAUUGCAUACCUGAACGACGACCACUUUCUACCAGACGAUGUCAUUACAGGCGUCAGUGUGGAGAUGAAAAACUAGCUUGCACAGAUACUAUCAGUCCUGAAAGCAUAUGUGCAACCUAUAAAAGAAUGUGUGAAAUGUCAUCGAUAGUCCAAGAAAAAUGCUGCGGCACAUGUUUCAAGAAGAGAAGACACGCUCGCCAUAACCGUUGGCAAGAUUCUGAGAUUAGUUGAAGAGUGUUUUUCACUACGCGAUUGUAGUCAAUCGACAUGUAGUAUUGAAGGCCGCCCGACGGUGACAUUUUAAAAACCAUUACAGAUUUUUAAAAUUAUUUUAAAAAUAAUAAUAUAAAUAUUCUUUUCGGUA